AUGGAUGGAAGCGGACUGUCUCAAGAACGCGACGAAGAUACUAGACCCGCACAAUCUCCAGGAGACAUCGGCACGGGUACUCCCAGCGAUGGAGAAGCUAAUGCGGUUGAAGACAAGGAGCUAACUGUACCUGAGAUUCUCCCUGAGGGUGGCAUAACUUCAUUACUGGGGAGGCAGUGGCUUUCAGAACUGGGGAUUCCGAUACCUAUGUUGCAUAAGGUUUCGGAGAGCAAAAAUAGUGAUGUAUAUAUCAACAACACUAAAGGAUUGAAACAAUUACUCGACAGGUAUCAGGAACUAUUCACGCCGGGGCUGGGUCGGGUCAGAGGAGGAGCAGCACGGCUACAGGUGCGCGAGGGCGCGGUGCCGGUGUUUUGCCGCGCGCGGCCCGUGCCUUACGCGUUGCGCGAGCGCGUGGAGGCCGAGCUGGACGCCAUGCUGCGGGACGCAGUCAUCGAGCCUGUGGACGCCGCAAACUGGGCGACCCCUCUGGUACCCGUACGCGGGGUUCUGAGCCAGAAAUGGGCGUGUGAGCGAGACGGUGUGAAUGGAGGUUUUCGCGAGUGCGAGAGGCCAGUGGUGUAUGUAUCCCGAGCGCUUACUUCGGCAGAAAAACAUUAUUCACAGAUCGAACAAACAGAUCGAAAAACAUUAUUCAGAGAUCACAGAUUAUCAAUGGCAGCGAGUAGAUUACAAAGUCCCCUGGAGCCGGGUACCGAUACCGAUGAUAUUGCGCGGCACCGGAUAUCUUUUAGUCCGAAUAGAGAGAUAUCGCCCGCAAUUAGAAACGAUGAAACGGCGGACCAGUUCCAGGAUUGCAUGGAGGGAGAAGUAGACGCAGCACUGGCACCGCUCCCUCGCUCGACCCUCCCUGUUUCGUCCGAGCCUCGUCCGGUGCGACAAUGUCGAAUAAAUAAUCCACCCCGUUACAAAGUCUAA